CUUCUUCUUCCGGGUGUUCUGGACAUUCGUUUCCUUUCGAUCAGUGCGCCUAUUGUGUCGAGUCUCUUUCAAGGUGUGCGUUUGGUUCGUCUCCUGGAAGUUCAAAAGCAUCGUGCUGUUUCCAUACUAAUUCGAAGUCAGUUUAUUUGUGAAAUUCAUCUUUCUUCGUUCAUUUGGUUCAGCUACAUGGUUUGA